GGAACAUCCCCCUUGGUUAACGUUUUUCAAUCGAACAUAUCACACCUCUGCUCCUCACCAUCACAUCGGCAACAAGAUUAUGAACCUUUUCGUUCCAUUGGAGGGGACUUCUCCUCCUCCUCUAACGCCAUCUUUUAUGGUGCAUUCAGAAACCCCAACCUUGCACCUGCGAAAAGCUAUCAAGGCCAUCCUGAAGGCCAAACGGCUGGUUGUCGUGUGUGGUGCUGGCAUCUCUGUUUCUGCUGGGAUUCCAGAUUUUCGCUCAGAGUCGGGCCUCUUUCAAACGCUGAAGCGAGACAACCCGAAAGAAGCAUUGACUUCGGGAAGAGACCUGUUUGAUGCGUCAGUAUUCAACAAUGAACACACGACAUCGAUGUUUUGCCAAAUGAUAGCUCAAUUGUCUGAGCUCUCGCAGGCAGCCAGCCCCACGCCUUUUCAUCAGGCGCUGCGAUCACUUGAUGACAGGGGCAGGCUCCUGCGUGUCUACACCCAAAACAUCGAUGCCAUCGAGCUGAAAUCUGGCCUUUCCUUUGGAGUCCCUGAGUUCGAUAAGAGGCGAGCAAGGCCUAGAUCCAAGCCAAAAUCAAUUGGCCCUCCCAUCACCGAUCAACUUGCGACAUCCACCAGCGCUCCUUGUCCACAAGACAGCCCACCUAUGACACCAGGAUCAAGAUAUACGUCUCCUGCUGUUGAUGUCCCUCGUUGCAUUCCCCUACAUGGAACGCUGCAGACGCUGCAUUGUCAAACAUGCAUGCACACAUUCCCACUCGAGAAUUACGUGUCUUCCCUGACGUCAGGAACACCCCCAUAUUGCCCCGAGUGCACCCAAAUGGAAGAGACGCGUCAACUGGUCGGAAAGCGUGCCCGAGGUGUGGGAAAGUUGCGACCCAGUGUGGUUCUUUAUAACGAGCUACAUAAAGAUGGGGAGGGCGUGGGUGAAGUCGCGAGGAGAGAUCUUGUUGGAAGCUCUAAAGGCAAGGGGCGGAGCGGUGUGGAUACUCUGCUUGUGGUUGGGACGAGUUUAAAGGUUCCAGGCACCAAACGCAUGGUGCGUGAAUUCUCGAAAGCGGUACGCGCCCGAGGAUGCACUGCGUCGAGGGACACAGCGUCUGCGUCUACAGGUCUUGCGACACCAUCACCAUCUCCUGGCAAGGGGUCAGCAACAUCGGCGGAAGACUCUCCCAUAAAGUCCAUCUACUUGAACUUCGAUUUUCCGGGGCCCACGCGAGAAUGGGAAGGCGUCUUUGAUGCGUGGUUACAGGGAGACGCCCAGAUUUUCGCGGAGCUCUUGAUGGAAGAAAUUUCAAAAGAGGCUGCUGAAAAGGAAGCUGCAUUGGAGAGAAAGCGGAAACGCGAAGAGGACGUCGCUCAUUUAGAGGGCUCAGAAGAAGCAGGUCUUCCGAAGAAGAAGAAAGCAAAGACAGAUAAUCAGAAUUCUGGAAAGCCCACUUCAAAGCGGAAAACCAAAGCCUUGGACACCCAGUCUGUUCAUUCUCGGAAACCGAAGAGCAAACGUCGGGAAGACAUGGACAUCUGCGCACCAUCUACCCCGAAGGUAACGCUGGGCAGCUCGGGAUUUAAGAUCAAAAUUCCACCCCUGAAAGGUCGUUACGUUCCCGAGGUUUGCAUCACCACUCCAGUACCGCGGGGGAUCAAAAUGGUCCAAUAUCCUUGCACUCCCCCCGCGACUCACACCAAACAUCGGAUGCCUUCUUUGGUGUCUCAUUCAGACUACCCACCUUCAGAUGCUACGGAGAUUGGAUAUGACACAAGCGAUCUCUCCGAGCUGUCUGGUGAUGAGGUAGCAGACGCACUUCCUAGAACUGUUGUACGGACUGCACAAUAUGGACUUCGGGCUACAGGAGGAUAAUAAUAAUAUGGUCAGCUAUCUUGUACUAUCUUUAUUGUAUUUAUGUACCGUACGUUACACGCCUCGUCGACUUCUACAUAUUCAUGAUUAGUUAGCAGCCA